AUGCACUCCCGUAUAGAUGAGACACCUAAAAAGAAGGUAAGUUUUAGUCCCAUUACUGCGAUUUGUGAGUUUGACCGAGACGAGCCACCUGCUGCAGUAUCGAAGUCUCAUGAACUUAAUUCUGACCAAGAGACAGAGGAGCAGCUUAUACAAGAGACAAGUGGACUGAAAGGGCCUGAGGAACUGGGACUGUCCAUGCAAGCCAGACAUCAGGACAGCUCACUCGCAACUCAGAAAAAGUCAGUCUCUGGGUUAUUGCAGGAGAAAUGCGACUGCGAGAAGAUCCUCAAGCAAAGAGAGGAACAGAAUAAGGAGCUGCUGAGAGAGGCUGCAGAGCUCAAAGAGAAAGUUGCCGAGUUAGAGGACGGGAAACGCGAGCUUAAUGACGAAGCAUUGAAUUGGAUAGAGGAACUGAAAAGUAAGGACAUGCUCGCCAUGCAGGUUAACAAGCUGAGGAGUGAUCUUGUGGACCAGAAAAAGUUAUUUUCCGAAGGAGAAGCCCAACAGAAAGCCAUAAAAGAGAACUUGGCUUUAUCUCAAAGUAGGUGUCAGGAACUACAGGAGCAACUGCAGGAGGCCACCGGGAAAUGUGACUGCAAAAAGACCAUUCAACAAACAGAAGAGCGGAAUGUUGAACUGCUCAGAGAGGCACGAGACCUCAAAGACCAAGUUGUAAGGCUGAAAGAGGAGAAACGUCAGAGUGAUAUCGACACACUGAAAUGGAAAGAGGAACUGAAAAAGAAGGAGAAGCUGGUCAAUUGGGUCAAAAAGCUUAGAAGUUCUCUUGCAGCUCAGAAAAAGUUAGUUUCAGAAGUCGAGGAACGGAACAUUGAACUGGUCAGAGAGGCCACAGAACUCAAAAACCAAGUCAUUAGGUUAGAUGAGGUGGAGAAUGACAGAAAGGACAGCCUAAGGCAACUGCAGCAGGAACUGGCCAAUACUCAACAUGAUCUUGAGUUGAAGAAAGAGUGUUGCAAAAAGCUGGAGCAGGAUAACGUCAGCCUUCUCAGGAAUGUGGAGCAACUCAACAGGAAUUUGGCAGAGAGUGGGAACCUGUCUCAAUCUCCAAACACCUAUGUUGAGGAACAAGAGAAAGCACAUGUUGUUGCGGCCCAGAAACUGCAGAAUUCUGACCAAGAGGAAAUUGUGCAGAGUUUAAAUUCUGAACUUGCACGACGAAACAAAACAAUAGAAUACCAGAUCUUAAAAAUUGCAGGCCCAGAAAAACAGGUCUGGCAGUCUGAUGUGCUCAAGGGUGAAAUAGGAGAGUUGAAAAGAGAGAACUUGAGGCUCCUGAGGUGUGUUGAUCUAAAGGAGAGGAAACGUGGGAUCGCAACACAGAAACUCCAAGAGGCGUUGUCCGCUUCGGUUGUUUCUGCGGCCGCCAUAAAAAGUCUAGAAGAGGCGAUACACAAGUUUGCGAUUGAAAUUGCACAAAAAGAGGCAACAAUAGUCAGGCAGUCUUACAAAAUCGCAGCCCUACAAAAACAGGUGCAAGAGUCUGUUGGGUUUAAGGCUGCUGUGGAGGAGUCAAAGAAGGAGAUUGUCAGACUAAGGAAUUCGAAGGAUCGUGAGGAGGCACAUGCACAACGACUCCAUGUGUUGUCCACAUCUUCUGCCAUGGCUGAAAGGCGAGAGAAGGAGCUACAUAAGUUGAUGUUUGACAUUGUGCAACAAGAGACUACCAUAAAAUGUCAGUCGUUUCAAAUUGAGGGCUUGAACAAACUGGCAAGGGAGGCUGUUAGGGUCAAGCGGGAGCUGGAAGAGUGA